UCAUUGUUUUUGUCUUUUUCCUGAGAGGGAUUGCAUGUUUGGAACAUCGACUCCACUCCUGAAAAGAAACAGACAGUAUGUCAAUGACAAUACAGAACUCAUUCCAAUGAUAACGACAAGAAGAAGGGGCAGUCUUGUCAAGAAAACUCUCUUUGCGGAGAAUGAUCUUGCAGAAAGUCGGAACUGUAGUCGACAAAGGCCUCCACAGAGAGCGUCAGCUGCUAUGGCUCUAACAAACUGGAAAAAUCAGAUGUUUCUCGAUGACGAUGCAGAAGAGUCCACAUUGUGUUCUUCUAGUGAGAAUAUGGCGAGAAAGAGAAGGAAUUUGGGGAAACACACCAAAACAAAAACUUCGCUCUAUAUUCUUACUUUGCAGUUUCUAGACAUGCUAAGACGGGAGGGUUUGGUUAACCUGAACAAAGCAUCUAUUUUACUUGGUGCAAAGAAGAGGCGACUUUACGAUAUUACUUGUGUUUUGUAUGCCAUGGGAUGUGUCUGUAAGCCAAAGAAGAAUUUUGUUGAGUAUCGUCAUAUUGAUCAUCGAAUUGCAGAUAAUAAUAUGGAUUUCUCAAGCAUGGUAAGUUUUUCACAUCAUAAGGGAGAAUUUGGUGGUGAAGAAUCAGCAUACUUGUCAAAUGCUGUUUCAUUGAGCGAAAUAGAUGAUGCUUUAUAUGAAAUUUUGCGCAGCUGUUCGAGUGAUUAUAAGGAUGAUUACAUUACAGUUGUUCUUUCAGGAAUUGAUAUGAAUAAUAUCAGUGUUACAAGAAACGAAGGCGACAUAGUUGAAAUCGAAGUAGUAUUCUUAAAUGACGAUCCAACCAAUACCAUAUUCUGGCAAGAGACUAGCGUCUACUACAAAAGUAACAUCUGGCACAGAACCCAAAUAUCCGAAAUAGAACUUGGCUUCCGUCCGAUUCAAGAGUAUCCUGAAGAAAUGUUUUCAGGAGAGCAUAGAAGUCGUCCUUUCACUGACUUGUAUUUUAAUGGACAUCUUGAAACUCCUUUAGCUUCCAUUCCAAUGGAGGACAAUGCAGCAUAUUUGGAUAAUGUUGAACUUUCUCAGGACUUGCUAAUAUCACUACUGGAUGAUGAACAAAGGGAUUCGUCCAGUGGUGAAUUUGAUACAUUUCAUUGCAUAACCACUCCCGUCAAAUCAAAGGCUUGAAGGUUUUUAUUCAGAAUGAUGUGUUUGUUUGAUAAUGGUAAUACUGAAGUGACACCGACAUUGUA